AUGAAUGCAGAUAACUUCUAUAAUACUGACAAAGACGAUUUCUUCUACAAAAACCGCGUGAAGAAAGUCGAAGCACCAAAACCGUUAUUAAAGCCUUUAGUGCAACAACAUACUGAGAUAAAAGAAGUGAAUAGGCUCGAGAAAAGAACUUCAUUGAAACUAUUGAAAACAAACGUUGUUGUGUUCUGUGAUAUCCCACAACAUUGGAGAACAGAAGAUGACGUGAGGCGUAUUUUAGAGAAUCAGAAUAUCGUUAAGGUGUCGAUUAGUUUAAAGCAUAUGUGUUGUGUUGUCUGCUUUGCGACACACAAAGACGCUAUUUACUUCAAAAUAUCACCACCCGAAGGAACGAACACGAUGUGGUCGAAAGAGUCGUGGAUGAUGGGAUGUAAUUUGAGGGAUGAUGGGGUGUGCGAAAUACCACAUGACAAGAUCCCAAAGGAUGUCCACGUGUUUAACGAUGGGACAUAUAGCACAUUUUGA